AUGGCUUCGCGCUGGAUAAAUCAUUUAAUAUUCAUUUUUGUAAUCUUAUUUGUGGUGUCAUUUACAGAAUCACGUCGAUGUCCGAUGAAUUGUACUUUUCAAGGAUUGUAUCUACACUCAUCGAUUUCUUCAGAUUAUUGUCCAUCAUUAAAUCAAUCUAAUAAUAAUAUUAAUCAAGCUUGUGCAGUCAAACUAAGCAUUGAUUUUACAACAGGUCUUGUUAAUGGAUCAUUUUAUGUGGAAAAUCAGUCAUUAUCCUCUUCAGAUAAACUUAAUAUACUUUCAAUUUUUUCUUUGAAUAAUACUUCGACAACAGUUGAAAUAACUUAUGUAUGUUCUGUAUCUGAUUAUUGCAAUUUUGAUUUUAUUCGUGAGACAUUAUCGUCAGCAUUGACAGCAGUAAAAAUAGAACCUCUUCGACAAGAGCUUGCUACUCGUCUUUAUAAUCCAAACAAUAUCGGUCCCAUUCGAUGUUCAAAUAAUACAUUAUGCGCAGAAAAUACUUUACUAUGCAGUGGCGUAUAUAUACGUACAAACAAAAUAUCUGGUGACCGAUAUGAUAAAUCCGGUGCAUGUGCUAGUUCAAAUAGCAAUCCACAAGUUUACUUGAUUCAAAGUUAUGCUCCAUAUCAAUCAGGGAUCUCGAGUGAUAUUGGCGUCUUUUAUUGUAAUACUCCGAAUUGUUCUUCGAAUACUACAAUAAUCGAAACUUUUCAAUGGCUAACUCAAAAAUAUAUUUUACCUUUGAAUUUCUCAGUAGUAAACAUAACAACCACAAUGUCACCGACAACAUCAUCUACAACACCAUCAAAUCAUACAACACCUCUAUGUGGACAUUUCCACUAUUUCAUUCCAUAUAUUAUAAUUAUUCUUAUUUUACAACAAAAUCUUUUUCAAAUUUUUCUCUAA